UCAUGCUAUGAGGUGCAACAGUACUACAAUACCCGGUUCUAAACGCAGCAGCAACAGUCAAACUCAAACAGGAGAAUGCGACCACCUAUAAAUACCCAACCCUUCAUUCUUCUCUUUGUUUGCAAUUUCUAACUACCAAGCCGAAACACACACAACCCCAAAUCUAACUAUUUAGUUCUGUUUCCUUCGCUUUGUUGUUUUGUCUUCAAAUUCCAGAAACAUCGGCUGCACAGUACCCCAAAAGAUCGGACAGGAUCUUCACACAGACAAACCCCAGUUCUGGACCGCGUGUCCAACACUCACCUCUCGGGCUCUAACCUCUUUUCCGACCAUACCCAGGGUUUUUGCCUUUUUUAUUUUUAUUUUUUGAUAGAUUCUGUGAGAUUGAGGAGUCUAAGAAGAUGCAGCAGACACCGCCAAUGAUUCCUAUGAUGCCUUCUUUCCCACCAACUAACAUAACCACCGAGCAGAUUCAAAAGUACCUUGAUGAGAACAAGAAGCUGAUUCUGGCCAUAUUGGACAAUCAAAAUCUUGGAAAACUUGCAGAAUGUGCCCAGUACCAAGCCCAGCUUCAAAAGAAUUUGAUGUAUUUAGCUGCAAUUGCUGAUGCCCAGCCUCAAACCCCAGCAAUGCCUCCACAGAUGGCUCCACACCCUGCCAUGCAACCAGGAUUCUAUAUGCAACAUCCUCAGGCGGCGGCAGCAGCAGCAGCAAUGGCUCAGCAGCAAGGCAUGUUCCCUCAGAAAAUGCCAUUACAAUUUGGUAACCCACAUCAAAUUCAGGAUCAGCAGCAGCAGCUACACCAGCAGGCUAUCCAAGGUCAAAUGGGACUGAGACCGGGAGGGAUAAACAAUGGCAUGCAUCCAAUGCACAGUGAGGCUGUUCUGGGGAGCGGCAACAGCGGUGGUCCACCGUCGGCUGCCGGUCCAAACGAUGCACGUGGUGGAAACAAGCAAGAUGCUUCUGAGGCCGGGACAGCCGGUGGAGACGGGCAAGGUGGCUCUGCUGCUGCACACAACAGCGGAGAUGGUGAAUCUUCUUAUCUGAAGGGGUCAGAAGGGGCCAAGUGACAUGCUUUUAUGUGGUUUUCAUGAGAUACAUAUGACUGUUGAUAGUAGGUUUUUCUUAAAGGUAGGUCUAGUGUGAUCUGAUGACCAUGACCUUUGAUGGGUCAACCAAAGGACCUCUCUUGUUUACUAGAUUAGGUAGUUGUGUUCCUAGAAUUUUGGCACGCAGCAAGUUUGCAUCAACUGGAACUGCUGCUGCCACCACAUAUUGUACUAGUUAUUGGAAGAGGUGUAAGCAUGUGGUAUUUUAUGAUUACCUAAAUUGCUUGCUUUUUUUAACAAUUGCUUUGCAGCUUGCAGUAUUCGUAUCUUUAAACAAAAUGUAUGCUCUUGGUUUAAUUAUACUUAUUGUAGGCAUCAGUUGAAGCAGGAAAUGGUUGAAUUCAUGGUCUGCACCUAA